AUGAACCUUAAAAGUUGGACCCUGGAUGGGAAUCCGAGAAUAGAAAAGCGAAGUAAGGCCCUAACACUACUUUGUGAUGCUUGUAAGAAAACUUCUCUUCGAGUGCCUUCUCACCUUCAGGCUGAAACCCUCGUAGGCCAAGUGAAUCUGAAGGAAUGUCUCAAGUCUGCCACCAGCUUCCGGUCAAGUAAUCCUGACUUCAAAAUACUAGAAGAUGGUUCCUUAUACACGACCAAUGACCUCAUUCUGCCUUCUAAAAGCAAGAGCUUUUUCAUCUUGCUCUCAGACAGCCAGAGACAGGAGCAAAUAGAGAUAGAGCUCGUAGUGGCUGCAAGAGAAACUAAGGCUCCUAAGAAGAGACAUAUUAAAGACACUGGCCUCAAGCGUAGCAAGAGGCGAUGGGCUCCUAUUCCGUGUUCACUAAUGGAGAAUUCAUUAGGUCCAUUUCCACUACAUAUUCAACAGAUCCAGUCUGAUACUGCACAGAAUUAUACCAUCUUUUACUCCAUAAGUGGACCAGGAGUGGACAAAGAGCCCUUCAACGUGUUCUACAUAGACAGAGACACGGGGGACAUGUUUUGUACGCGAAGCAUCGACCGUGAGCAAUAUCAAAAGUUUUCGCUCUAUGGCUAUGCAACAACCUCAGAUGGGUAUGCACCCGAAUACCCACUCCCUAUCGUCAUUGUAAUUGAGGAUGAUAAUGACAAUGCCCCAUAUUUUGAAACCAAGCUGACGACCUUUAGUGUGCCUGAAAACUGCAGAGCUGGCACUUCGGUGGGACAAGUAACUGCCAUUGACCAUGAUGAGCCUGACACCCUACAUACUCGUCUGAAAUACAAGAUCUUACAACAAAUCCCAGAUCAUCCGAGGCAUUUCUCUAUACAUCCAGACACGGGGAUCAUCACAACAACUACGUCUUUACUGGACAGAGAACAUUGUGAUACAUACCAGCUAAUCAUGGAAGUUCGAGACAUGGGCGGCCAGCCUUUUGGCCUAUUUAACACGGGAACCAUUACUAUUUCCCUUUUGGAUGAAAACGACAACUCACCGUACUUCACAGAGGAUUCUUAUUUUACAGAAGUAGAAGAAAACAGAAUUGAUGUUGAGAUUUUACGAAUGAACGUGUUUGACAAGGAUUUGCCCAACACUCCUCACGCAAAGGCUGUAUACACGAUCCUACAAGGAAAUGAAAAUGGGAACUUCAAAAUUUCCACAGAUCCAAAGACAAAUGAAGCAGUCUUGUGUGUUGUCAAGCCAUUGAACUAUGAAAUUCAGCGACAAGUUAUUUUGCAAGUCGGUGUACUAAACGAAGCACAAUUCUCUAAAGCAUCAAACGCCCAGACUCCUACAAUGUGUACUACAACUGUCACUGUUAAAAUUAAAGACAGUGACGAGGGUCCCGAAUGCCAGCCACCAGUAAAAACGAUUCAGACUAAAGAUAGCCUCGCACCUGGGUCAAAACUUUAUGGCUACAAAGCAAUGGAUCCGGAAACACGCAGCAGUGAAGGCUUAAGAUAUAUGAAGAUGGGAGACGAAGAUCACUGGUUUGAAAUUAAUGAAUUAUCAGGCGACUUGACAACUCUAAAAACACUGGAUAGAGAAUCAAAAUUUGUAAAAAAUGAUCAAUACAAUAUUUCAGUGAUUGCAAGAGAUGCAAGUGGAAGGUCUUGCACAGGAACCCUGGUAGUUCUUUUGGAAGAUGAAAAUGACCACCCACCACAAAUUAAUAAAGACCUGACAAUUUGUCGCCACGAUACAGAGUUCGCUGUCCUGGAGCCUUUUGAUCUGGAUGGGCCUGAUAAUGGGCCACCGUUUCAAUUCCAUUUAGAUAAUUCUGCCAGUAAAUUGUGGACGGUGGAAUCAAAAGACGGCAAAACUGCCAUUCUUCGUGAACGCAAUCCCCUUAGUUAUAACUAUUAUUCUGUGCCUAUCCAAAUAAAAGAUAGACAUGGUUUGUCUGCAAAACAUGUCUUAUCUGUAAGAGUGUGUGACUGCACAACAGCAUCGGAAUGUACAAUGAGAUACAAACAGGAGAGAGACAUUGAGAUGUCAAAUGUUAUACUUGGAAAAUGGGCUAUUCUUGCCAUGGUGCUGGGUUCUGCAUUGUUGUUAUGUAUUCUGUUUACAUGUUUUUGUGUUACUACUAAGAGGACAGUAAAAAAAUGCUUUCCAGAAGAUGUAGCCCAGCAAAAUUUAAUUGUGUCAAAUACUGAAGGACCUGGAGAAGAAGUGAUGGAGGCGAACAUUCGACUCCCCUCACAAACUUCCAACAUUUGUGACACAAGCCUGUCUGUUGGUGGCCAGGGAAUCAAGACACAGCAAAGUUUUGAAAUGGUGAAGGGAGGCUGCACUAUGGAGUCCAACCAAGGGGGUGGACACCAAACCUUGGAGUCCUGCAAGGGUGUCGGGCAGGGGGUAACGGACACUGGCAGAUACGCAUACACGGAUUGGCAUAGUUUCACCCAACCUCGUCUUGGUGAAAAGGUGUAUCUGUGUGGACAAGCGGAGGAGCAGAAACAUUCCGAAGACUACCUUCGUUCAUACAACUAUGAGGGAAAAGGGUCCCUGGCUGGUUCCGUAGGCUGCUGCAGUGACCGGCAGGACGAAGAGGGGCUUGAGUUUCUUGAUCAUCUGGAACCCAAAUUUAGGACAUUAGCCACGGCAGUAAAGCAGUAAAGGUGUCUUUUAAUAGAGCAACAUCUGUAAGUGGGAAGUAGGGAGUUCACUGAAUGCGAAAUGCUAGCGGCAUCUGCUAGCAUUUCCUGUUUUGGGGAAGCAGACUUCAAGUCGUGACUAGAUAAGGCUUAUAUAAACGGGGGACUCCCCUUACAUUUUCUUGUUUGGUGCAACUUCAGUGUUUUCUAGAAAUAAAGGUUUCAUUUAAUUUCCUUUUAAAUGUAUAUAUAUAUAUUCCAUCUUAGGAGUAGCUACUCUGCCAUCUUGCACCUCCUACCUGAAGACUCAGGAAGCUUUCUUAAGGCUGUCUCUGCUAUUCUUGUAACUCCUACUUGAAAAUUUAUGGCACUACGUUUGCUGUGGCAGCGUAUGUGGGAGAGCUGGGUGUUGUGGAGGUGAACAAAAAGUGAAUGUUCCUUUCAGACAAGCAAAUGAAAUAUUUUCCUCAAAGCUUAAGGGGAAAAUUAUUCCUUUGGUGCCAGAAAAUUGCUUCCUUUCUAGCUGAGUGGGCCUGAAUUGAAGGAGUUCUCAGUAUUUUUAGGUAGACGUUUUGCUUUAGUAAAAGAACAUACUUCCUCACUACAUUUGUCACCCUUUGGAGAUGUUCCCAGUACUGCUUACCUUUUCAAGGAUCCUCCAGAGCUCAGGUCUUGGAUCACUGCCAUUGUGAGUCAAAUAAUUUAUUUUGGUAAUGCUAUAUCUAUUGUCUGAUUUACGCGAUGAAAAUGAAAAUGACACUAAUUUUGAUGUUUGAGAGUAUAAUUUUAUUGUGAACUUAGAAAUCAAUCAUAAUAGCACCAUAAGUUAUUUCCUAGAAUGUAGGUGAAGAAUAUUUUCUGAACAAUUAAAAUAUGUCAUUAGCCAAACAUUAACCUUAAUGUGUCCGUGCAGGCCUUAAUCUUUCUCACCUGCUUGCUUAUGUGUGGACGAGGCAGUUUAUAUCAAGACGUAAAGUGUUGUCAAUUGGCAAAGCUAGAUUUAUCUGUCAACAAGAGAAGACACUAUGAAAGCAUUAACGAAUACUGGAAGAUGUGGGGAAUUCAUUUGUAUUAAUCAAAGUUGGCUAUUUAAAAUGCUUUCAAAAUACCAUUAAAAUGUAUUUCUAUAGUAGAAGUCUGUCUCUUAACUUGUUCAAGCAAUUUAAACUUAUUCUCUACUUAAAUACAAAAUAAAAAUGCUAAUUUUAUGAUGAAUAAAAUUCACCAGACUGUUUAUAAAUUCCAAAAGAUAUAAUGUUUAUCAAGAAAACAUUGUAUUUUAUGGACUUAUUUUGUGGAAAUUAAUUAUCUACCAAUCCAUUGCCAAUAAUUACUAUGACUUUUUUUUCUGUACUUAAGACAAGGAUAAGUGGGGAAAGCACAAUGAAUUUUUCUUUAUCUUGAUUCAAUCUCAAACUAUUUCAUGUGAAGAAAUUUCAUGGGAACACCAACGUAGAAGAAAAUUGAUAUAAUUUUUAUAAAUGUGCUUCAUUAAACAUUUCCUUAA